AUGAGCGCGCCAAAUGCCGACAAGGGCGCGCGGUAUCUGGCCCAGCUCGACCAGGCACUGUGCAAUGGCAGCUGGUCCGACAUUCAAGAGUUGGCAAGGAAGACAGACAAACAUGCACCCGAGCGAAGAUGCUUCACGCUGGCCGCCCGUUCUGAGGCCCAGAUAGCCUCCGCCUCCCAUCGGCCGACAUCUGCCGCCUCGACCACAUCCGCCAGCAUACAUAGUCUGGGCGAGCUUGUACCCAAGUUGGAGGAAGCCAUUGCGGCUGCCUCCGUCCGGCACUCAGAAGAUGCCUAUGCAGCGCGGGUGUGUCUCGCCGAGUUGUAUUGGCUACGGCAUGAGUCUGGGAGUGCGUUGCAAGCGCUUUCGAGCAAUGACGAACGUCCGGCGGAGGAUGGCAAUUACGCCCCCACCUUGGGAUGGCUGGAGGUUUGCGACGUCAAGGCAACGUUUCUCAGAGCCGCGUCAUUAGAAGCCGGUCAAAGUCUGGGCGAGGCGCAAAAGCAGUACUCGCAAGCGGCUGUCAAGGCGCCUGGUUCUCGCACUCCGGAGCUGAGAGUAUGGACCGAACGUUUACUCGCACGUGGAUGCUUGUUCAUGAAGAGGAACGCUUCGCCAACUUUGGAGGUUCUGAGUGACACUUUUUCCUGCUUUCAGGCCUGGUCCGACUUCUGGCAGCGGUCACCGCCCUCCACGACGUCCGGUGGUUCUUCUCACCUCGAUAUCCCGCGACGCGAGGUAUGGAAGGCUUAUUACGACGUUCUGUCAAAGUUACUACAAUAUGGGCUGGUGUCUGUGUUCACCAACCGUGCGACCCGGAGCGUAUUGGUCGUUCCCUCCCGUGAGUUUCCAGACCACGAGCAACCCUCCGCCAAAAUACGGCUGCGAAUAGACUUGAAGCGAGUCGAGUUAACGUACGAAUCUUUACUGUUGACCGAGACACAGUUCCCAAAAGCUAGCCAAAGCAAUACCGAGAUUGAACAGUGGGUCGAGCAAGCAAUUAGCAAUUGGAAAGUCCUGGCCGGAUCCGACUGGACCGACCAUGAACUCGGUGAGGGCGGGAAAGAGAGCUUAGGUCGUGGUGUGCUAGACAUCUUGUAUCGCUCUGCGACCAAGACGUUCCACUCAACCGCGAUAUUACGUCAUUUGUUCACCGUGCAUGCUUCACUCGGCGACUUUGAUCUUGCCAUGCACGCCUUCGACAGCUACGUGGAGAUUGUCGGCAAAGGCAAGGCGAGAGCCACGAAGACUGGGAAACACGAAAUUGGCUUUGACAGCGAUGAUACAGCAGUCUUAACGGCUGCGAAUGCUCUGCGUGUGCUGUGUCGGUAUGGCGAUCGCGAAGACGCAGAAAAAGCGCUCGAGCUGCGGAACACGAUCGAGAGCUGGCUGCAGCUAGGCGAAAGCCAACCAGGACCUGCGAUGUCACUGCAGCAGUCCACAGUCGCCGCCGCCUAUCGCGCGAUUGGUGUCAGUCAGGCGCAGUGGGCGAGGUGGACCUAUGAGGCCGACGCUCGCCCGGCUCUCCGAGCCGAUGCACUUUCGACGCUUGCAAAAGCUCGGCAAUACGCCGAAGAUGACAUGGAGACUUCAUACUCGCUCGCUCUUCUAUUUGCCGAAUCUGGGGACGUUUCUGCUGCCGUGGAUGUUCUCCAACAAGCCAUUUCCGCUUCCACUCCGGCGGACAGUGAGGACGAAGGGGACGACCACGUGCCAGACUUUCAACGAGAGCGCGAUCUCGUGCCGCUAUGGCAUCUGUUGACAUUGUGCCUCACCGCAAAAGACGACCAUCAGCAAGCAACUAGAAUGGGCGCAGCUGCAUUUGAGCAAUUUGGCGACCCUGACACCUUGUUUGGCGAAAGCAGCAAUCAACAGAGCGUUGAGUCCGAGCAGCGCUCAUCGAGCCUUUCCGCAGGGCUAGUCGAUCAGAUGAACAACAUUGAGAAAGCCGGUUUCCUCCAAGUCAAGAUGACGCAGAUUGCCAUGCUCGAGCUGACAGAAGGCUCUGAAGCUGCCGUCAGCGUUAGUCACGAACUGCUUGCGCUGUACGCAAGGUUGUUUGGCAACCCAGACCGAUUGAAGCCAGCGGCAGGUCCACCGCCUACGGCCACUUCUGCCGCGCCAGCGAAGGCCGGAGGUACAUUGCGCAGCUUUGCUGGCAGUAUACGGCCAAAGUCAAAGCGGAGCAGCCAGGAAAAGGCAGGCUACAAACCGAGCUCACUCCUAUCGUUACCGGAGGACCAAGAAGACAACAGAAGCGCACAAGCUGGUGGCGCCAACGAUGUUCCAAUCGCCAUCACUGUCACAAAUGAAGAAGGCGUGGCAACUGAAAAAGCGCCACCCCAUCGGCUGCCAUUCAAGCUGCGCGGUCACCACGGAGAUUGGCGGGAGCAUGGCAACCUGAAGUCCACAAGAAGCGUUGAGGCCAUGCAGGAGAAGUCUUCGCCGCUGGAGCAGAGGCCUGCAGUACCACUUGAGAAUGCGGCAAAGUCCACGUCAGGACCGGAUGGCCAUCAGGCUGCGGCCGUGCAACCUGCAAUCCCCCAGAGCAUGACGGAGAGGAGUGACGGCAACCCGCAGCAGCCCCUCAAAGGAAUGCAGCACAACGUGCCUCACGACGCCUUGCCAGCACCGACAGGUCACGGCGAUCAGCAGCCCCAACAGGACAUUCGACUACCAACACGGCCUCCGGGAUCUGCCGCGUCACCUGGCGUGAGACUUGCAUCGACUCAGGAUCGCAAGCACAGAAUCAGCCUCGUCGUCGAGGUGUGGCUCUUCAUUGCUGGACUGUAUCUGCGGGCCGAUCUUCUGGACGAUGCCAGCGGUGCUGUUAUGGAGGCCCACAAAUUCGUGGACGUUCUUGAGGCUGAAGCUGCUGCUGAGAACACCAACGCUCGAGGACUCUUCCAAAAAGGAUGGGGUGGAGGGAAGAGCGUGGACCACUUGUGGGCAGAUGUCUGGGCUGUGAAAGGUGAUCUCUCAAUAGCCCGGGAGCAGCCUUGGCGGGCUCUGGAAGCCUACGAGCAAUCGGUCGGCUACUUUCCUGAUCAUUCGAACGGUAUCAUCGGGCUGUCGAAUCUUCUGAUGGACAUCUAUGAAGAGAAGCUCCCGGUGGAGGAGCCACGACAGCCCUUCCAGAACGCUCGACACGAUCCUGUACCCCCGCGACCAUCUCUGAUCCAGAUGCCGAUCAAUCAUGCAGAGUCCGACAAGCCGAGGCGGCGACACCAGCAUCCUACACCCACAGAAAUAAACCGUCUCGCCGCGCGAGAUCGAGCGUACAUGCUCCUUUCCAGCCUCACAAGACUUGGCAGCGGAUGGGACGACUCGGAGGCGUGGUACACCCUGGCACGAGCACAUGAGCUCAGUGGACAGAUCAGCAAGGCGAAGAAGGCGCUUUGGUGGGUGGUGAAGCUGGAAGAGAACAAGCCUAUACGACCGUGGAGUGACAUUGGUCCGGGAGGUUUCACAUUGUAG